AUGGCCAGCACUGCUUUUUCGACAAUUCCCUCGCCCUUGCAUCCAAAUGUCAAGUUCGCCGUUCGCCUUUCUCAAGAGCGGGGCCAUGCCGAUCACGGUUGGCUCAAGACGUUCCACACAUUCAACUUCGCUUCGUACUAUCACCCCGAUUAUGAUCAAUUUGGUAACCUACGGGUAAUUAACGAAGAUCGUGUUGAUCCCUCGAGUGGCUUCGGGAAGCAUCCCCAUCGCGAGAUGGAAAUCUUCUCCUACAUCGUCUCGGGCGAACUCGAGCAUAAAGACUCGAUGGGCAACGUCGAAAUCCUCAAACGUGGUGAUGUCCAAAUGACGUCAGCAGGCACGGGGAUUACCCACUCAGAAUUCAAUCGCAACACUUCCCAAGUCGUUCACUUCCUUCAAAUAUGGGUAACGCCUUCGACGUUCCGUCUCAAGCCCUCUUACUAUACCAGACACUUCACCGAUGCCGCCAAGACGAACAACCUGCUCAAAAUCGUCGCGCCUAUCCCUUCCGGCGCUGAAGAAGCAAAACACGAGGACGUUCCUGACUCGAGUCCGGCCCCGAUCCAUCAAAAUUUCGCACUUUACGCCUCGAUCCUCACUCCUGACUCCAACGGGAAAGUAACCUACUCCUUUGCUCCGUCUCCUUCUGUGACACGCAAUGUCUACAUCCACGUCAUCCAGACGAGUGGCUAUAGCACCAAACCCACACCCGAGAUUCAGAAAGGUGUCGCGAAAGUUGAAGUCAAUGGAGGCGUUGUGCUUGGUGAGGGAGAUGGGCUAUUCGCUGUUGGCUCCGGAACUGAAGGUGAAGGGAUCGUCCUGGUAAAUAUGGGCGAUGUGAAUGCGGAGGUGCUGCUCUUUGAAGCAUAA